CAUUACCUGUCAGUUGACAGGUAAAGAAAUUUGGUCAAGUGGUGUUGAUAAUAAAAAGGAAUUGAAUAUUUUUACUUAAUUUGCCACGAUAUUUACAAAAUUUAAAACCACUUAUUAUAAAAACGAAAAAUUAUUUGUGUAGUCUUUCAGUUUUAUUGCAUAUUCUAAAGAAAAUUGUAAAAUUCUGAAAAGCAAUGGCUGAAGAAGCGAAACACGUAAAUGAAGAAGACUUCAAGCAACUUAAAGAAAGAAUGAAUUUGAUAUCUAGCGCAGACCCGGAGCAGUAUCACAACGAGUUUUCUCUUCGCAGAUACUUGAGGGCAUUUGGAAAUGUAGACAGUGCUUUCCAGGCAAUCCUCAAAACCAACAAAUGGCGAAUUGAGUAUGGAGUAUCAGAGCUUCACAACGACAAAGAGCUAAUAGAGAAGUAUGCGUGCAAAGCACGCGUGCUGCGACACCGGGACAUCACCGGCCGCCCCAUCAUCUACAUCCCGGCCAAGAACCACAGCUCUAAUGACAGGAAUAUUGAUGAACUCACCAAGUUUAUUGUGUACUGUUUGGAAGACGCGAGUAAAAGAUGCUUUGAAGAGGUGGUAGACAACCUGUGCAUAGUGUUUGACUUGAAGGACUUCACUCUAUCCUGCAUGGACUACCAGGUGCUCAAGAACAUGAUCUGGCUGCUGAGCCGCCACUACCCGGAGCGCCUCGGAGUGUGCCUCAUCAUUAAUGCCCCUACCUUCUUCUCGGGCUGCUGGACUGUUAUUAAGGGAUGGCUAGAUGAAAAUACUUCCAGAAAAGUGACAUUUGUGCAUUCAGAAAUGGAUCUGUGCCAGUACCUGAUACCUGAUAUUCUGCCCACUGACAUGUGAAAAUCCAACACGGAAGAACCACAACCGUGAUCCCAACGACAAAUGCGAGGAAUAUGACUUAUUGGUAACCUCUAUAUUGUUAGAUUAGUAUGUAAGAUAAGACAUAAUAAUUAUGUAACUUUAAUUUGUUCCUGACAACCUGUGAGUAUCUUUUUAUUGCUAUAGUCGUAUUAUCUUACAUUUAGUUCUAUAAUUGCUGCGCCGCGACUAUCCGACCACAGUGGUGGCGCGGUCUCUCAGAUUCGGAUAGGUUACCCAGACUAUACCUAUCCGGAAUAAAAAUUGACUCCAUGCAUUGAAGCAUGAUCCGCCUUAACCUUUACUUAGAUUAAGAUAACUAAAUAUUCUUGCCAUAUAACACCAAUUAUUACUAUUUAUGUAUAGCAGAAAAAACUAAACAUUUAAACUGGGCAUGUAAGUAUCUCGUGUCAUCUUUAAAUCAAUUUAUUAUAAAAAAAAAAAUAUGCUUAAAAAAUUAUAAAAAUAGUGAAUUGAGUAUUAUUGUUAAAUUAUAGUCAAAAUAUAAACUCAAAAUACCAAAUAUUAGCUAAAGGGUCUACACUGUUGAUACUACUUAAUGUAUGUAUGAAAUAUUUCACUGCAGGGUAGGUACACUAUGCAAAAGAUGCAUUUACUUCACCUAGUUACAUUCAUCUAAUCGGUCGCUUCAAGACAAAAAGAACAAAAAAUCUGUCAAAGCAUAUAUAUCAUGCCUAUCCUAAAUUUAAGAUAUCAUAAGUAUUCAGUCUAAAAUCCGUAUAGUCCAUCAGAAAAAUCAUCGCAGAGGACUUCAUUUAAAAAGGUCGAUUUACAUUAUAAC